UUGGGAUCCUUUACCCUGCUCAGCCAUUCAGGUCUAACGCCCCUGCAGCGAGCGAAGAGCAGGGAGCUGUCAGCUCCCCAAACACCUGGGCCAUGCCUGCGCCACUGGAGGAGUUCUGUGGUUCCGUGUUUUGGAACGCUUCCUUACUGGCUGCGCCCCAGCCCGACCUGCCGCUCUGCUUCGAACAGACCGUGCUUGUUUGGAUCCCUCUGGGCUUUCUCUGGCUUUUGGCUCCUUGGCAGCUUCUUCCCAUGUUUAAACCCAGGACCAAGAAAUCAUCUCUAACCAAAAUCUACCUCACCAAGCAGGCGCUGACAACAUUACUCUUACUGACAGCAGUGGCUGAACUGGUCUUCACGCUUGCAGAGGACUUUGGCCAGUACCCCCACCCGACUCCUGCCAGCAGGAACCCCGCUGUCCAAUACACGAACCCUGCUCUGUACACCGUGACAUGGUGCCUGGUUCUGCUGCUCCAUGACACUCAGCGCUUCCACCAGCACAGGGACUCUGGACCACUCUUCCUCUUCUGGAUUCUCUCUCUGCUCUGUGGGGUGUUCCCGUUCCAGACACUGGUCCGGAAGGCACUGCUGGGCCUGGUUCCUGACCUGCCACGGUUCAGCCUCUUCCUCAUCUCAUAUGGGCUCCAGCUCCUCCUCUUGAUCAUCUCUGCUUUCUCGGAUGUCGCCCCAGAAACAGAGGAAAUGGCCAAGAAGAACCCAGAAGUCACAGCCUCCUUCCUGAGCUCUAUCACCUUUAGCUGGUACAGCAGGAUGGUUCUGAAGGGCUAUCGCAAACCCCUGGAGAUGGAAGAUCUCUGGGACUUGAAAGAAAAUGUGAAAACGCAGCAAAUCUUAAGCAGGUUUGACAGGAACAUGAGGGCCGAGGUGAGGAAGGCCCGUCGGGAGCUGGAGAGACGGCGCUGCAAGAGGAGCUUGCGCGAGGCAGCCCCAGACCACAGGAAUGGGCUCGGCAAGGCUCAGAGCCAAGAUAUCCUAGUGCUGGAGGAGAAGCGGCCGAAGCGGAAGAAGGAGGAGGAUGUGGGUGGCCCCAGCGGGGAUUACCCCAAAGCCUGGCUGGCCAAGGCCCUGAUCAGAACCUUUGCGGGGAACCUCCUGAAAUCGGUGGCUUUCAAGGUGGUGCACGACCUUCUGGUGUUUGCCAGCCCCCAGCUGCUGAAACUGCUGAUCUCCUUUGUUGCGGACCCCACUGCGUAUGCCUGGCAGGGCUACCUCUACGCCUUGCUGCUGUUUGUAACCGCGCUGGUCCAGUCGAUCUGCCUGCAGCAGUACUUUCAGCUCUGCUUCCUGCUGGGCAUGAGCCUGCGCACGGCACUCAUGGCCGCUGUCUACAAGAAGGCACUCACUGUCUCCAACGCCACCCGCAAGGAGUACACCCAGGGUGAGACAGUGAACCUUAUGUCCGCCGACGCCCAGAGGUUCAUGGACUUGGCCAGCUUCAUCCACCAGCUGUGGUCGGCGCCGCUACAGAUUGCCCUGUCCAUUAUCUUCCUGUGGUGGGAGCUGGGCCCCUCCGUCCUGGCAGGGAUCGGGGUCAUGGUGCUGCUGAUCCCCAUCAACGCUGUCCUGGCCACCAAGGCCAGAAGAAUUCAGAUGAAGAACAUGAAGAACAAGGAUCAGCGCAUGAAAAUAAUGAAUGAAAUCCUCAGUGGGAUCAAGAUUCUGAAGCUGUUCGCCUGGGAGCCUUCGUUUGAGCGACAGGUUGGGGAGAUCCGGGUGCGUGAGCUGAAGGGUUUGCUGCACUUUACCAACCUUCAGGCUUUUUCCAUCUUCAUCUUCUCCUGUGCCCCAUUCUUGGUCUCUGUGGCCAGCUUCGCCGUCUACGUCAUGGUGGAUGAGAAGAACCUCCUAGAUGCACAGAAGGCAUUUACCUCCAUCUCCCUCUUCAAUGUGCUGCGCUUCCCCAUGACCAUGCUGCCCGUGGUCAUCUCCUCCUUGGUGCAGACCAGCGUGUCCACCGAGCGGCUGGAGCGGUACCUGGGGAGUGGCAACCUGGACCCCUCAGCCAUACGACGUGACCCCAGUGUUGACUGCGCGAUGCAGUUCUCCGAGGCCUCCUUUGCCUGGGAGCAGGGUGCCGAGCCUGUGAUCAGAGAGGUCACUUUGGAUAUCAAGCCUGGGCACCUGGUGGCUGUGGUUGGGGCUGUGGGCUCAGGGAAAUCCUCACUGGUGUCAGCCGUGCUAGGAGAGAUGGAAAACCUCAAGGGGCACAUUAACAUCCAGGGCUCUGUGGCCUACGUUCCCCAGCAGGCCUGGAUACAGAACGCCACGCUGAAGGACAACAUUCUCUUUGGGUCGGAACUGGAUGAGGCUAGGUACCAGCGGGUUGUGGAGGCCUGUGCUCUCCUUCCAGACCUGAAGCUGCUCCCUGGAGGUGACCUCACGGAGAUUGGAGAGAAGGGCAUUAACCUGAGUGGUGGCCAGAAGCAGCGGGUCAGCCUGGCUCGGGCUGUGUACAGCGAUGCAGAUAUCUACCUGCUGGACGACCCCCUGUCGGCCGUGGACGCGCACGUGGGAAAGCAGCUCUUCGAACAGGUGCUGGGGCCGGACGGGCUGCUGCAGGGCAAGACGCGGAUCCUGGUGACGCACAGUGUCAGUUUCCUGCCAAGGACGGAUGAGAUUGUGGUGCUGGUGGCCGGUGCCGUGUCUGAGCAGGGCUCCUACAGCACCUUGCUGGCUAACGGGGGGGCCUUUGCUCAGCUCCUGAGCACGUAUGGAAGCCAGGAGGGCAGCACCCCCGAGGGGGAGGCCACAGCUGGAGCUGCAGAGGAGCAAGACGGUGGGGUCCCUGAGACUAGCACGGAGGACAUGCCAGCUGACAUAGUGACCAUGACCCUGAAAAGAGAAGCCAGCAUCCAGCAGAGAGUAUUCAGCCGCAGCCUCAGCACCCGCAGCACCAAGUCCCUGCGAAAGGCCCUGCAAGCGGGUGAGGUGGGGCCCAAGGACAAGCAGCCUGCCGAGGAGGUGACAGGACAGAGGCUGAUUGAGAAGGAGGCCAUGGAAACGGGGAAGGUGAAGUUCUCCCUGUACCUGCGGUACCUGCGCGCCGUGGGCUGGGGAUUCUCUGCCUGGGUUUUCAUCACCUACGUUGCACAAUAUGCCGCCUUCGUGGGGUCCAACCUGUGGCUCAGUGACUGGACCGACGACUCGCUGCGGUACUGGAACCAGACCUACCCAACCUCUCAGCGGGACAUGCGGAUCGGGGUCUUCGGGGCGCUGGGCACGGCGCAGUCUGCCUUCCUGCUGGCCGGAGCCCUCCUGGCUACCCGAGGUGCCAUCCGGGCCUCCCGCAUCCUGCACCAGCAGCUGCUCAGCAAUAUCCUGCGAGUGCCCAUGAGCUUCUUCGACACGACCCCCACGGGUCGCAUCGUCAACAGAUUCGCCAAGGACAUCUUUACCGUGGAUGAGACCAUCCCCAUGUCCUUCCGUAGCUGGCUGACCUGCUUUCUGGGCAUCAGCAGCACCCUGCUUAUGAUCUGCCUGGCCACCCCCUACUUCGCUCUCAUCAUCAUUCCCUUGGGCAUCUUCUAUUUCUUCCUGCUGCGCUACUAUGUCUCCACAUCCCGCCAGCUGAGACGUCUAGAUUCCAUCACCAGGUCUCCCAUCUAUUCCCACUUCGGUGAGACAGUGUCAGGCCUGUCUGUGAUCAGGGCCUAUGGACACCAGGAGCGGUUUCUGCAGCACAACGACCGGAUCAUGGACAUGAACCAGAAAAGUGUUUACUCCUGGAUUGUCUCGAAUAGGUGGCUGGCCGUCCGCCUGGAGUUUGUGGGGAACCUGGUGGUUUUCUCUGCGGCUCUCCUGGCCGUGAUUACGAGGGACAAUCUGGGGAGUGGCAUCGUCGGGCUCUCCAUCUCCUCAGCACUCAACAUAACCCAGACGCUGAACUGGCUGGUGCGGAUGACAUCUGAGCUGGAAACCAACAUUGUGGCGGUGGAGCGAGUGCAUGAGUACACAGAGGUGGAGAAUGAGGCUCACUGGGUGACAGAGCAGCGACCACCCCCCGGCUGGCCUAGCAAAGGCGAGAUCCAGAUUACUGACUACCAGGUCCGGUACCGACCUGGGCUGGAGCUGGUUCUUCAUGGGCUCACUUGUGAUAUUGGGAGCACUGAAAAGGUCGGGGUUGUGGGCAGGACAGGGGCUGGGAAAUCCUCUCUCACCAACUGCCUCUUCCGGAUCCUGGAGGCUGCAGGAGGGAAGAUCGUGAUUGAUGGGGUGGACAUAUCGACCAUCGGCCUCCACGACCUACGCCAGAGCCUCACCAUCAUCCCCCAGGACCCGAUCUUGUUCUCCGGGACAUUACGGAUGAAUCUGGACCCGUUUGACCAGUACUCGGAUGAGGAGAUCUGGAAAGCCCUGGAGCUGGCCCACCUGAAGACCUACGUGCUGGACCUACCUGAAAGACUGUCCCACCAAGUGAGCGAAGCAGGGGAGAACUUGAGCGUUGGGCAGCGGCAGCUGCUGUGCCUGGCCCGAGCCCUGCUCCGCAAAUCCAAGAUCCUCAUACUGGAUGAGGCAACAGCAGCUGUGGAUCUGGAAACAGAUCAUUUAAUCCAGACAACAAUCCGGAGUGAAUUUGCCAACUGCACUGUCCUCACCAUCGCCCACCGCCUGCACACCAUCAUGGACAGCAACAGGGUGAUGGUGCUGCAGGCGGGGCGCAUCGUGGAGUAUGACAGCCCUGAGCGGCUGCUCCAGCAGCAAGGCCUUUUCUCUACCAUGGCUAAGGACGCCGGUAUCGUGAGUGCUCAAGCCACGGUGCUGUAGGAGAGCUGGAGCUGACAGGAUGAGCACCCUGCCCAACACUGGAGCAGAACCUAGGGCAGGGCCCACCGCAAACUGGGACGGCCAAACAGUGUAGUGCCAGAACCUGUUUUCCAUUGCCUCAGUGCGCCUGGCAGCUCCGAGCAGCAGGACCUGCCAGGGCUUCACUCCUCUUCACCUGGGACUAAAGGAGAGAGUGAAGCCGCUGGGCUCUGAGUCCCUUGAAGAGGGGGCUUUGGGGCUGGGCUAGCCAAGGCUAGGAUUUACCUCACGGCAGGCAGCAGCUCUGGGCCUGCUGCUGCCAUAUCCAGGGGACAAAUCCAAGCCCCGCUACGUGGGGGUAGCUCCAAUGCAGACGUGCCCAG